AACAACGGCUAGCUAAUGUAGCUUAGCGCUGUCGUUGGGGUCGGAAGUGAAGUCUGUCCGUCUCUUUAUGAACAUUUAAAACGCGGACCGGACCGCACCACGGUAAGAGCUGCAGGGACAGGACCUGUCUCCAGGAUGUGCUCCGUCGUCGGAUGUGACUCGGGGCGUCGCGGCACGCAGCGGUUCAAGUUACCGGAGGACCCGGAGAGGAGGCUGGAGUGGGUUCAGUUUCUCGCCACAGUCAACACGCAGCGAUUUAAAGAAUCGUCCUGGACAGACAUCACGAUUUGCAGCGAACACUUUGAAGAUGACUGUUUUGACAGCCGGACACGGAACCAUCCGGGUGUGACCGGUAAGGUCCAGCUGACGUUGAGACCCGGUGCUGUCCCAUCACUGUGUCUCCGGUCAGAAGAGACAACAUGUGUGGAGCCUGAGGAAACCACAGAAGUUGCUUGUCUGCGUGAUCAACUUAAAACAUGUGAUGGCCCUACUACCUUUUCUGAAGAGUCAAUGGCCGUCCAAGGAAGCCCGACUGAGGUCGUCUCGUGUUCAACUGAUACUUCAAACGCUUUUGUAUCUGGCCAGAUGCAACCAAAACAUAUGGAUUUUGAUUUGAUCGGACAAAAAGCUGCACUCCUGCAGAUGAAAGGGAAGUACGUCGUGAAUGAAAAACGUCUCCUCAAGUUGUUCAGCCGCAAGUGCCCGUCCUGUGGCUCUCAGGUGCAGAUGGAGAAGGUCACCUGUGGGUUGCUCAUGAUCUUAAACCAGCAGUGUCUUCAGUGUGACUACAGAAACCAGUGGAAAAGCCAAGUCGAUGCCAGCGUCCCAAGAGCUGAGGAUCAGCACCUGACAGAAGUAGAAGAAGUAACUCCAGAGAGCCAGCAGGCUGUGCCAACUGGGGCCACAGGGGCCCAUGAGAUUGUUGCAGUUAUUGAUGAGCAGAGCGAGCCAAUCGAUGAAUCGAGUGGUCAGGGGGACUUGGAUUCAGACGACGAUUGGAAGCAAGCGAACGGCUCUUCUCAUGCUAGAGUGCUGAUAAAGAAAAUUGAGGAGGAAACCGAAGAGGAAGACGACGAAGAAGAAGACGACGGCGACGAAGAGGAUGUGGAUGAAGAAGAAGAAGAUGGUGAUUAUCCCCCACUUCCUGUCAAACACAGUCGGCUCUGCACAGAGUGUGGGGUGCUUUACAAUAAACAGAGGCCUCACACAUGUGAGCACAAGAUUAAACCUUUUUCCUGCAACAUUUGCGGUAAGAGAUGUGUCAGCGAGAAAGCCCUGAUUACUCACAGCAGAAUCCACGACGAGAACUACGAGUACCAGUGCAAAUACUGUCACGCUACGUUCAAAACAAAGGUGGACAAGAUCACCCACGAGCAGGUCCACGUGAUUCAAGGAAAACCCUAUAAAUGUCCCGACUGUCCAGAGACUUUCGCCACAAAUAAGGAGCGCAGAAUCCACCUGGAGGAUCACAGAGGCCCCCAACAGUUAAAAUGUCCCAUCUGCGGGAUUGACUUCCUCUGGCCCCUUUCUCUCCAGAGACACUUGGCCGUGCACACGGGAGACAGGCCGUUCAAGUGUUCAGAGUGUCAACGCGGCUUCAAGCAGGCAGGCCACCUGAAAUCCCACAUGCGCCUGCACACGGGGGAGAGACCGUAUAAGUGUCCGCAUUGUGACAAAUGCUUCAAUCACAACGUGAGCCUGAAGAGUCACGUCCAGCGUUACCACUCGCCGGGCUCUGAACGUGAGCGGAUGAAAGAGAAGAGAAACAAAAGGGCAAGUGACACAAGUGAUGCUCAGGAUAAUUGGAACAAAAGAGGUGCAGAUUCAGGGCUGGACAAUGUGGAGGACGAGCAGGACACAGAGGAGGAGGAGGAGGAGGAGGCGGCGCAGAGGGAGAUGAUAUAUAGACCUAAAAAGAAAAGCACAGGUAGGCCCAUCGGAAGGCCUAAGCGUCAUGAACCAGGCUACUCGGAGGAAGGCCAGUCUUCAAACGCCAAGUCUGGAAAACCGAAAGCGCGGAAGUCAAAGAGAACACAAUGCAGAGAUGAAGAAAGCGAGGCCAAGCCAAGCGACAGCGGCACGUGUGAUUCGGCGGAAGAGGAGAGCAGCAAGGAGGCGAUCAAGAACACAGCGAGAUCAAGGGGAAGACCAAACAAUUCUGAUAGUGACUGUGAUUUUGACCCAGAAGAAAGAAAGAAAAAGAGGUACAGCAGCGGUAAAAGCUCGGGGAAGCGUCGGGGAAGACCACGGAGAAAUCUUAAAGGCGACUCUUAGAAUGAACUGAGCUGAAGGAA